ACUGCUGCUUGUGGAUAAGCCAAAAUGACUGCGAAGUUGCCCUUUCUUCUUUCUGUGACAUCUGUGCUCUUGGCUCUUGGCGUAGGGAGUGAGCAGGAAAGGACAGCAGCUUUACAAGCCCCUGAUAUAUCCUGUGUGGACCCAGAUCGCUUAUAUGAUCACACUGUGUGGACCCAGCAAGAGUCGGUUAAUCAUUUGUUUUGUCCAUUGGAUGAGCAGAGUCUCCAACUUCUUCAGAUUACCUCAACCUUUAAUGUCGAUUGGACCAAAGACUGUCAACCGCUUAACCUCAGUGCUUCAGGGCGCCUACACAGCACGCUGCACAACACAACAGCAUAUCUGUCCUUUGAGCACCCGGAGGCUGAGGAUUCAGGCAAUUAUACCUGUACACUCUACUUGAAUGAACAGAGAAACGCCUCCUUCACCAUUCAUCUGGUCAUGGCAGAUCUUUGCAGUGUGCUACCCAGAUUCCUCUACCCUUCUAACAAUGUGACUUUGGAGCACGCUUUAGGGAGCCAGAUAGCACUGAACUGCACUGUACAGCUGCCCUUUAGCAAGAACUGUGACCUUGCCCUCCACUGGAUGAAAGAUGACCAGUUGUUAGAUGGUGAUUCCACUCAAUGGUUCAAUGAUAAUGCAACAGAGAUAUUUAUCUCCAGCACUUUGAAUGUGAAUGUGACUACUGAUGAGAGUUAUGGAGUUUUUGCCUGCUUGGUUAGAAACCACACAGCAGUUUUCACGUUGCAAAAAUCAGGUACUGCUGCCGGGCACUUGGGGCCUGUGCUAGCUGCGUUCCUCAUCCUGACACUGUUGCUGCUAAUGGGUGUGGCGUACGUGAAGUGUCGUCUGAAUGUGCUGCUCUGGUACAGGGACCGUUACGGCGAUCUGGAGAUCAAUGAUGGCAAGCUCUAUGAUGCCUACGUGUCUUACGCUAGCUCGACAGAUGAUAGAAAGUUUGUGAACUUCAUAAUGAAGCCACAGCUGGAAAAUCGUUAUGGCUACAAACUCUUCCUGGAUGAUAAAGACAUCCUGCCCAACUCAGAGCCUUCUGCAGAUCUGAUCAUGAAUGUCAGUCGGUGCCGUCGCCUCAUUGUCGUUCUUUCUAAUGCUUACCUGGAACAGGAAUGGUGCAACAGUAAUUUCAGGGAAGGUCUGUGGAGACUGCUGGAACUGUCCCAGAGGCCAAUCUUCAUUGCCUUCGAGAGCCAGCACCGGGAAAUAGCACAUCUCGCCAUUAAUUUGCUGAAGCAGCACAAGGGCACAGUGACUCUGCUGACCUGGCGGGCUGGUUCCAUGAUACCUUCAUCUGAUUUCUGGAAGGAGCUGUGCCUUGCUCUGCCACGGAAAGUGUCCUGUCGAGGCCUCAGAGGAGACCCCCAAACCCAUCUCCAGGAAGAUAAGGACCCCAUGUUGAUCAUCCACAGCAACUACUUGGAUUUCCGGGGGGAAUCUCACCCUGAGGGAGACGCUGGUGUCAGAGGUCCCAUUUUCAAAGGUCCACCACCUCCUCGAAUGACUGGCUCUGAUGGUCCCCCAUUUGGUACAUUGGAUGAAGUGCAGCUCGGAGAAAACCAAAGGAAUGAGAUAGACAUUUCUGAUUUGGGAUCUCGCAACUACGGAGCUAGGACAGACUUUUACUGCCUUGUGACAGAAGAUGACAUAUGAGAGAUU